AACAUUUUCAGUGAAUAUUUGAAAAUGAAAUCAAUCCCAAAAUAGAUAAACCAUGAAAAAUUUUGGAUAAUUUCUUUCCGUUUGAUUCAUCAAAAGGAGCCCUUUGGUAUAGAACAUAAUUACAAGUUUGAGCCUUUAACUAACCUCGAGUCCAACACCAAAUCUGGCGGGAAAAACAAACCGGGCCUAGUCAGCCACUGCCAGGGAUAGUUUGUGGCCACGGUGUUUCACAGUAGAAGAAGUCGAUUAAAGUUCGCUGAUCGUAGUAUUGCUGCAGAGCCGGUGUAAUUGAAAUAAUGGCCGCCCUUUCCAGUGUCUCCCUUUCAGAUGUAUCGAAAGAUUUGCUGAGAUCUUUAAAAGAGUGUAAUGCGCGCGGUCUUAUUCACUCGGCAAAUUGGGCAAUUGAAUUGGUUUCUUCGCUUCCUCCUUUAAAGACCCUACCAACAUUUGAAGAAGAAGCAACAGAGGAAUUCAAAGAUGAUUUUUAUUCAUACAACUUGGCCAAAGGCUAUUUUGAUUUAAAGGAAUUUGAAAGAGCUUCACAUGUUUCAAGAAACUGCAGGAGUCACAAAGGAUAUUUUUUGCACCUGUAUUCACUGUAUAUGAGUGGUGAAAAGAAGAAAAGAUACCAAAUGGUAGAUGUUCUUGAACCCAGUAGCAAAGCAGUUGAAAAUGAAGAGUUGAGAGGACUUAGGGCAGAACUACAGAACAAUAUUGAUAAAUUGGAUGGAUACUGUUUUUAUUUGUAAGUUGAAAGAUAUACA